AUGUUAACAAAAUCUCUAAAUCGUUUAAUCAAUACAACGACCCCAUCGCAAUUUCGCGUUAAUCAUCUAUUACGUCGACUGAUUAGUGCCACCGUGGAAAAUGACAAAUUUGUUGUGGUGCAACCAGACGAGAGUGCUGCCAGCACCUCCACCGCCGGGGAAGCGCUAAAAAUUCCCAGUGUUUGGUUACGUGAUAAUUGCUACUGUACACAAUGUUUUCAUCCCACUUCAAAGUCACGUAAACAUGACUGGGAUAAAUUUGAUGUCAAUGUUCGCGUUGAGAAGUUACAAACAAAUGAGCAAACCAAACAAUUGAUUAUCGACUGGAGUGAUAAACAUAAAUCGGUCUACGAUUUGAAAUGGCUGCGCGAACGUGCUUUCGUUGAUAAGCGACGUCAGGAGUAUUUAAGUGGUUUUUACCGUCCAAAGGCAAAACAUUGGCGUGGUGCUGAAUUUAAAGAAAUCAAUCAAAUUUUUGACUAUAAAAAUGUUUUGAAUAAUGAUGAAGCCCUUAAAAACUGGCUGGAAGCCUUGGCCGUUUAUGGUGUGGCCCUAAUCAGAGAUGCACCCAUCGAUAAGACAGUGGUGCGGCAAUUAGCGGAGCGUGUUGGUUUCAUACGUCGCACGACAUAUGGUGAGGAGUUUAUUGUUCAAAAUAAACCAGGUGCUAAGAACGUUGCCUAUCUUUCGGAUCCACUGCCAUUACACACCGAUUUGCCCUACUACGAAUACAAGCCCGGCUGCAAUAUUUUACACUGCAUGGUGCAAUCGAAAUCUCAGGGUGGCAGUAAUCUGUUGGUCGAUGGCUUCCACAUUGCCGAUCGCAUGAAAACGGAAUACCCAGAGGAUUACAAGAUUUUAACGGAGACCCUGGUGGAUUGGAAUGACAUUGGCAGUGAGGAUGGCAAAAAUUUCCAUAACAUUUGGCGUGCUCCGGUCAUAUGCUUAGACAAUGACGGAAAUUAUACGCGUAUAAAUCACAGUAUACCUCAACGUGACAGCCAUUUUUCGGUGGCACUGGAUGCUGUGAUACCCUGGUACGAAGCCUAUGCCAAAUUUGUAUGUAUGGCUCGCGAGGACGCCCACUCGUUCAAGACAAAGGCCGGUGACGUUCUGACAUUUAAUAAUAUUCGUCUGUUGCAUGGUCGUACGGGCUACGAUGACACGGAGGAGAAUGUGCGACAUCUCGUUGGUGCUUAUUUGGACUGGGACAUAAUUUAUUCCAAGUUACGAGUAUUGAAGUCAUCAUCGUCGUCGUAG